AUGCACCGGACGGUCUGUCAUUAUGCCUACCGUCCAUCUCUGCGCGUCGCGAUGCGUACCCCAGCCUUCCAUGAGGUAUCCAGGAGAGGCGCAAAGACAAAAUCGACCGUGAAACUCAAGGACCUUCCUCAAGGUGCAUUGAAACUGGAACCCUACACGGACACAGUGGACGAUGCACCACGGUAUCCGACAGUCGUACAGGGUCAUCGGAAUAAUAUGCAGAAAUUCAAGAACUGUGUCGUUUUGACCAGAGUAGGAGGCUUCUACGAGCUGUACUUUGAGCAAGCCGAAGAGCUAGCUCCUUUGCUGAAUUUGAAGCUUGCUUCUAAGAAGACUAGUGCUGGUCCUGUUCCUAUGGCGGGAUUUCCCUUCUUUCAAUUAGAUCGCUUCCUGAAGAUACUCGUCCAGGACCUAAGCAAAUACGUAGCCAUUAGCGAGGAGUUUGCCAAUGAUGCGGAUGACAAAACUCGCUCGGGAGGCCUUCUGUUUGAUCGGAGAGUGGCGAGAAUUAUCACCCCCGGUACAUUAAUCGAUGAGAAGUUUAUGGACCCUGCGGAGAACAAUUUUCUAUUGGCCAUAUACAUCGAUAUCCCGUCAUUGAAACUGGCGCAACAGGAUGGCGGGCUCUCCUCAUUUCAGCACGUUCUGUCAUCUGCGUCCCAGCAAGUAGGCUUAUCCUGGUUAGAUCUGUCGACAGGGGAUUUCUUUACCCAAUCUACCACGGCGCAGAUGCUCCCAUCUGCCAUUGCAAGGAUCGGUGCUCGUGAGAUACUAGUUAAUCAAGGUCUCCAAGACUUGGUUGGGCAGGAGUUACAGCUGCUAGUCGGGCAUGACCAUCGAGCUAUGACCUUCUUCCAAUUCCGCGAUGAAAUUCUGCCGAUAUCCCAAUGGGAAUCUAUGUUAGAAGCGCCUAUCCCAGAUAAGGCUAUGGAAUCUUUCACUCGAGAGGAAGUGGUUGCCGGUUCUAAUCUUUUGGAAUAUAUCAGAGUCCAACUUCAAGGGUUAAAUAUGAAGCUCCAGCCUCCACGGCGUCGGCAUUUGAAUGAGUCGAUGAAUAUUGACCGUAACAGCCUGCGGGGUCUGGAAAUACUUGAAACAGCUCGAGAUGGAUAUGGCAAAGGCAGCUUACUCCAUGCAGUGCGCCGGACAUCAACUAAAAGCGGAGCACGUCUACUAAGAGAUCGCCUGACAUCGCCGUCUACUUCUUUACAAGUUAUUAGCGAGCGUCUUGAUCUCGUUUCACUUUUUAUUUCCGAUAAUGAACUACGCGAUAGCGUAGUGCAGUUGUUGAAGCGCAGUUACGAUGCACAACGCUUGGUUCAGAAGUUUACCCUUGGGCGAGGUGAUCCUGAUGAUUUGAUAUGUUUGUCCCGUGCCAUAGAGGCAUCGAAGGAGAUUAAACGCGUCAUGUCCAGCACGAUUUAUGGGGACCAUAUCUCUGGAUCUACUCAUAGCUUAGUGGCAAUGGCCGAGCGCCUUCAUUUAGAUGGACCAGCUGCGCUGGCAGACAAUAUUUUGGCAGCCAUCGAUGAAGAAGGGCUGCUACAGAAACAACGAAUCGAAGAUGACACGGCUGCAGAGGCAGCCACCCUGGCACAACAGGUUGCUGUGAACGAGGGUGCGCCAGCAGAUCUGGACGCAAUACCGAAAAAGGCCAGAGACAAGGUCAGUGAUCGAGCUAGCACAGCAAUGGAUGAGACAUCCGAUAUCGAUACGUGGAUCAUGAGGCGUGAUGCAAGCCCGGCCCUGAGGAAACUCCAUCAAUCAUUGGCACGAUUGCACGAUGAGAAAGCGAGUUUGACACAGAAACUUCGUGACGCAGCAGGGUCGUCUGCUCUCUCCCUCAGAUGGACACCUGGCUUGGGACACAUUUGCCACGUUAAAGGAGCCAAAAUCUCCCAGCAAGCGUUGGAGGAUUUGGGAGUCACGCGAAAUGUCUCAUCCACCAAAUCAACUAGAUCGUUCUAUCUCCCCUCGUGGACUGAGCUGGGUGGACGGAUUGACCAGGUGAAAGUCCAAAUUCGACAAGAGGAACAGUCCAUCUUCGAUAGUAUACGUCGUAGGGUGAUCUUGAAUCUUGUGAAGAUUCGACGCAAUGCAGCGGUGAUGGACGAGCUAGACGUUGCAUGUUCGUUUGCGACAUUAGCGCAGGAGCAACAACUUGUUCGACCGAUUCUCACGCAAGGAAGCGGUCACAAGAUCGUUGGUGGACGACAUCCGACGGUCAAGCUGGGACUUGAGGAGCAGGGCCGGCAAUUUGUGAGCAACGACUGCUUCCUAGGGGAGACCGAACGAAUCUGGCUCAUCACGGGGCCCAACAUGGCGGGGAAAAGUACGUUUCUUCGCCAGAACGCUCUGAUCACCAUCCUAGCCCAGGUCGGGUCGUUUGUGCCUGCAGAGUACGCAGAGAUUGGGAUUGUCGACCAAAUCUUCAGCCGAAUUGGUGCCGCCGACGACCUCUUUCGGGACCAGUCCACGUUCAUGGUGGAGAUGCUGGAGACUGCUACGAUACUUAAGCAGGCAACGCCUCGCUCCUUCGUCAUUAUGGACGAGGUCGGCCGUGGAACGACGCCGGAGGAUGGUACCGCGGUUAGUUAUGCAUGCUUGUACCACCUGCAUUAUCGCAAUAAGUGCCGCACACUGUUUGCAACGCAUUUCCACGCCCUUGCCGACAUGACUCAUGACUUGGAGGCCUUGGGGAGAUACUGCACGGACGUGAAGGAGACCAAGACCGGUUCAUUCUCAUUCAUCCACCGACUCCGUAAGGGGGUCAACCGCGAAUCCCAUGCUUUGAAAGUUGCCCAGCUAGCAGGCCUGCCCAAGGAGACCAUUGACAUGGCCAAGACCGUACGUCAAGGUCUACCCAAGUGA